GUUGAGAUGAGAAAACUUUAAAAAAAAUAGAAACCAAUCAAAGUUCACUUGCACAGAGUAUUUAACUCAGGAUUAACGGUAUACAAUUUCAGCCUUCGUCGCUGGCUGUUUCAUCUAACUGACGCUGAAAAUAAUUUUGGGUUAACAAUGCUUACGAAUCUCGAGGCAUUGCGUCUGCUAUUCUUAAUAACAUAUGCAAAUAGUGUGGCAGUACCUGUAACUGAUUCAGGUGACCAUCAAAGUACGACAUUAUCACCAAUCAUAUCUACUCAUGGACAACAUGACGUUUAUACAACUGAGGGUGCAUGGAUUACACACAACUCUGAAUCACCAGCAAAACAUUCUGACAAUGAUGUGUACACAGAAACGACACCAUCACCAUUCGAUGCUUACAGUGACACAGGAAAUACACCUCAUCACCAUGCUGGCUACUCUGAUUCUUAUACAGAUGAAUCCGACUAUGAUUCAGAGAGAGUAACUACAGGAAACCAUGGUCAUUAUGGUUAUUCCCAGGAUAAGACAACAAAUGAAAUUCCCAGUUCAACGACACUACCUCCAAGCGUCUCUACUCAUGGACAACAUGACGUUUAUACAACUGAGGGUGCAUGGAUAACACACAACUCUGAAUCACCAGCAAAACAUUCUGACAAUGAUGUGUACACAGAAACGACACCAUCACCAUUCGAUGCUUACAGUGACACAGGAAAUACACCUCAUCACCAUGCUGGCUACUCUGAUUCUUAUACAGAUGAAUCCGACUAUGAUUCAGAGAGAGUAACUACAGGAAACCAUGGUCAUUAUGGUUAUUCCCAGGAUAAGACAACAAAUGAAAUUCCCAGUUCAACGACACUACCUCCAAGCGUCUCUACUCAUGGACAACAUGACGUUUAUACAACUGAGGGUGCAUGGAUAACACACAACUCUGAAUCACCAGCAAAACAUUCUGACAAUGAUGUAUACACAGAAACGACACCAUCACCAUUCGAUGCUUACAGUGACACAGGAAAUACACCUCAUCACCAUGCUGGCUACUCUGAUUCUUAUACAGAUGAAUCCGACUAUGAUUCAGAGAGAGUAACUACAGGAAACCAUGGUCAUUAUGGUUAUUCCCAGGAUAAGACAACAAAUGAAAUUCCCAGUUCAACGACACUACCUCCAAGCGUCUCUACUCAUGGACAACAUGACGUUUAUACAACUGAGGGUGCAUGGAUUACACACAACUCUGAAUCACCAGCAAAACAUUCUGACAAUGAUGUGUACACAGAAACGACACCAUCACCAUUCGAUGCUUACAGUGACACAGGAAAUACACCUCAUCACCAUGCUGGCUACUCUGAUUCUUAUACAGAUGAAUCCGACUAUGAUUCAGAGAGAGUAACUACAGGAAACCAUGGUCAUUAUGGUUAUUCCCAGGAUAAGACAACAAAUGAAAUUCCCAGUUCAACGACACUACCUCCAAGCGUCUCUACUCAUGGACAACAUGACGUUUAUACAACUGAGGGUGCAUGGAUAACACACAACUCUGAAUCACCAGCAAAACAUUCUGACAAUGAUGUGUACACAGAAACGACACCAUCACCAUUCGAUGCUUACAGUGACACAGGAAAUACACCUCAUCACCAUGCUGGCUACUCUGAUUCUUAUACAGAUGAAUCCGACUAUGAUUCAGAGAGAGUAACUACAGGAAACCAUGGUCAUUAUGGUUAUUCCCAGGAUAAGACAACAAAUGAAAUUCCCAGUUCAACGACACUACCUCCAAGCGUCUCUACUCAUGGACAACAUGACGUUUAUACAACUGAGGGUGCAUGGAUUACACACAACUCUGAAUCACCAGCAAAACAUUCUGACAAUGAUGUGUACACAGAAACGACACCAUCACCAUUCGAUGCUUACAGUGACACAGGAUAUUCGGCUCAUGGCCAUGCUAUCGCAUCUGGGACUUCUGGUCCAUAUGAAGAUGCAGAAGACUACAGAGAUGGCGAAGAAGCGUUUCCAAUACAAAAGACUACUGGUAACCCACCGCUGUAUGACCUAGGUUUAUCUGAUGAGAAAGAUGAGAAGGAAAAUGGAAGUGAUUCAGAAUCUGACAGUGAUAGUAGUGACGACGAAGACGAUGAGGAUGAUUAUUAUUAAUCCCAUUAGAUAAGAAUGAUGAUUUAUAUUUGCUAUUUAAAACUGAAUAUCUAAAAUUCAUAUAACAGACUAAAAACAGUUUUCAUUAUUCUAAAUUCAUUUCAUUCUAUAGAAUACAUUCUACUUGAAUUUAUUUUGAAAUGCAAGUAACAUUUGCUCACUAUUCAUUUUCUGUUGUCAUCAAAUCAUUGUUUUUUAUUUCUGCUUAGUAUCCCGUCACAUAUGAAACAGUUUACUAAUAUGUAAGAGAGGGAAAAUAAUUAAUCUAUGCAGUUUUUUUUACCCAGUUACUUCAAGAAUCGAUUGAAAAAACAGUUUUGUGUAUUGUGAGGAAGCAUUAGUUUAUAGUCAAAUGUAUUCUAAAGAUUUUUGAAAUGUUUUCUUAACUGAGAGGAAGAUUCAAAAAGCUUAAACUAUUUUUUGGAAAGUACUAUAUGAAGAUUACAACAGGCCGUUAGAAUACUCUCGCACGCCAUUCUGUAGGGUGUAAUUUUACAGGAUAUUUAAAUGUAAUCCAUUGUUAUCAAAAUCAAUCAUCUGUUAGUGAGAAGUAGGCUGUGUGCUGAGUACAGUUUGUCAACAAGUCAUCCUAAAUCGUUUGACGCAACCAUGGUGACAGGUAGCCGUGUCACUGAGGUUUAGAGCGAGAAACGCUAUCCCAGCGCUCUUACGGCCAAUUU